AUGGCGGAUGUAGCGGUCAUUAAGGAUAUUAACAUUAAAACAAAUGUUGUCAAACGCUUGAUUAAUGAACUGAACUUUUACAAGAAGGAGGUGGCGAGUGAAAUGGACAAAUUGCAAGCACUGAAAGGUAAGGGUGAUGCGGAUGAAUAUUUAAUGAAGAAACAAAUGGAGUUGGUUCAGGUACAAAUCAUUGCUCAUUCUGAAUUUAUUCUGAAUUUAAAGAAUUUUCGAUUGUAUACAAUCGAUAUUGAUUCAGAACAAAUGGUACCCGAAUGUAAGGGCCGAUUGGAGAAGGCAAUUGAAGAUCUUAAAAAUGUUGUUGACAAGCACGAUUCUGUAUUGCAAGACACACCUGAAUAUACUACGGCAAGUGAGCAAAUCGAUGCAGGUACUAAGUUAUGCUUAGAAGUUGUUGGAACUGUUCCGAUGAAUUGA